UUGAGCUGGAGCGCAGCAGUAAUGGCGGACAGACCCGACCCAACGAGCACAGCAGACCGUCUCCGCGUGUGGACACGGGAGGUGCGCUAAACGAGCUCUCAGGGUGCCUGGGCUCUUCCUUAGAAAUAGGGUGAGAAGCUCUGUCAUCCGGGAGGGGCUCACAGUAGACCUGCUACUCCACAUCGAGAGGAGCCAGUUGAGGUGGCUCGGGCAUCUGGUCAGGAUGCCUCCCGGUGAGGUUUUCCAGGCACAUCCAACCGGGAGGAGGCCUAAAGGUAGACCCAGGACACGGUGGAGGGACUAUGUCUCUCACCUGGCCAGGGAACGCUUUAGGAUUCCCCCUUAGGAGCUGGCCCAAGUGGCUGGGGAGAGGGAAGUCUGGGCCUCUCGACAUAGGCUGCUGCUCCCACAACCCGACUCUGGAUAUGUGGCCAAAAAUGGAUAGAUGGAUGGAUGGGUGAAUGUCUGUUAAUUUUAUGUAUUUUACUUUGCAUUUUUUGUUGUUUUAACGUUCACAAUAUCUAAUACAUUUCACCUUAUUUUAUAUGGGACCAGUGUGUCUGUUAAAUCAAGUCUUUUACUACUACUACAAAUAUACACAGUGAUCACACAUGGACAAAGGUAAUUUAGCAAUGGUAAAUAAAAUUAAAUGAGUAUCGGCAGCAGUGUUUGUCUGAUGUAUUUAGCUUCUGUUAGGGAUAAAAGCUUUAUAUUGUCCAUGUGGGUCUGAGUAUCUGUCCCCAGUUCUCCAGACACAAUAAUUUGGUGUUACAACCCUGUGACCAUGUCCCGCUGCACGGAGGCUCCUUCCACUGUUGUCUGGGAAGCCGGAGCACCCCCUCUGCACAACACCAGGUGCAUCUGAUCCAGGAGGAGCUACUGGGCACUAUGGAAGCUGCAGAGCUGAGGCUUUAGGGGCGCUGACCGGCACCAUGCAGCAGAAAGGGGCCAUCCAGAUUAUUGAAUGGGAGGACCUGGACAAGAGGAAGUUCUACUCUUUGGGUGUGUUUAUGACCCUGACCACCCGGGCCACCGUCUAUCCAGCCAGCCUGAUCCGUACCCUUUUGCAGGUUCAGAAGGGAAAGGCUUUGUACUCUGGCACCUUUGAUGCUUUCUGCAAGAUCCUGCGAGCGGAGGGGAUAAGGGGCCUUUACCGCGGCUUCAUGAUCAAUAUGUUCACCCUGGUGGCUGGACAGGGCUACAUCACCACCUAUGAACUGGUGCGCAAGUAUGUGUCCUUCCACUCUCCCAGUAACACGGUCAAGUCUGUGGUGGCGGGAGGAGCAGCCUCACUGGUGGCUCAAACCAUCACUGUGCCCAUAGAUGUGGUGUCUCAGCACCUGAUGAUGCAAGGACAAGGUGAACACUUGACACGCUUCAAGGUCAAACACAAAAUGAUGCUCGCCACAACCAAACGGAGGCCGACCUUUGGGCAGACGAGGGACAUAACGGUGCAAAUCUUUGCGGCCGACGGCUUCAGGGGCUUUUACAGGGGCUACGUGGCGUCACUGCUCACGUACAUCCCAAACAGCGCCCUCUGGUGGCCUUUCUAUCAUUUUUAUGCAGAACAGCUGUCUUUAUUGGCACCGAGCCAGUGUCCCCACCUGGUCCUGCAGGCGGUGGCAGGACCAAUGGCAGCAGCUACUGCCUCCACCAUCACCAACGCCAUGGAUGUGGUCCGUACCAGAGUCCAGGUGGAGGGGCGUUCAUCUGUCACAGAGACCUUCAGGCAGCUGCUGGCCGAGGAAGGUGUCUGGAUGAUGACCAAAGGGCUGUCAGCUCGCAUCAUCUCGUCUCUGCCCACGUCGGUGCUCAUCGUGGUUGGAUAUGAGACUCUGAAGAGGCUGAGCCUGCGGGCAGACCUGGUGGAGUCCAGACACUGGUGAAGCAACCAGCGUGUGGGUCAGAGACCAUGUCCCAUAGCUAUCUGUUUGAUGCAGGCUGAAGAGGUCUGCUGUAGGAGAGGUAGACGUGACUGGAGACACGUUGAUAAAAUGUUUUGUUUUAUAUCAGCUGAUCAAAGUGGCUUCGCUGUUAUUAGGUGUUUGUCAGCAGUGCAGGUGUUCUGCUGCACCUUCAGCUCUGGUGUUUGCUUCAUGUUUGGGACCAGAUCAUGCGGUCUGUCCCAGUAGGAAGGCUUCUGUAACCAUCACCUGAUGGUCUAUCAUCUUCCAGAUGUCCAACCAGUUCAGAGAAGGUCUUCUGUUACCUGUCUCAGAGCUUCAGAGUUCUUAUUCAUUCCAAACAGACUUGUACUAAAAGACGACGGAAGCUUUUAAAGAGAUAUUUAUAUUUUUACUCCAACAGGUGAGCUAUAAGCCACUUAUUCCUCAUGGCUGUUCAAAUAUACAUUUAUCACUGUUCACAGAGCCCUGCUGCUGGGGUUUAUGGUCCGCCUCAGCGACUUGGUGUUUUUCAUUCGUGGUGCAGGUCCUGUCCCACGUCACCUGCAGGUUUGUGACGGGUCCGAUUUGUUUCUGCAGGAUCAUGUUUGAUAGGCACACGUCAUCUUCAUCAUCAGUAAGUUCGUGCUGCAUCUCACAUCUGGCCACUAGAGGCAGAACUCGCUUCAUAACUGCCAUGAAAAUGUGAGUUAGUUGAAAAUGCAAUAGUUUAAAACCAUUGUGAUUAAUAAAAUCUGUCAUUAAAACA